AUGAAGCAACGGAUUUGGGGUCUGGCCCUUUGGCCUUUAUUUCUCUCAUUUCACCUGCUGAAGCAAGUUGGUUCAAAUAGGUGUAGCAACAAGAAUUAUGUGAUCAAUGUGAUGCUCAUGGCUGACUCGGACUUCCCAUCAUCUGCUGAAAAUUUGACAUCAGCUGUGGAGGAAGCCUUGACAACAGUACAAGAAGAAUUGCAGAUGACAGGAGAAAAUGUUACUGUCAAUGCCACCUUCCACCACUUUAAAUCAUCGCUAUAUGUCUCACAAGGCUGUCGCACCAGCACCUGUGAAGGUGUGGAACUCAUCAAGCAAAUCUAUGAUGAUGGCACUCUUGGCUGUGCUGUCAUAGGACCUGCUUGCACUUAUGCCACCUACCAAAUGGUCUCAGUUGAAACAAUACUGAGCCUGCCUCUGAUCUCUGUAGGGAGUUUUGGACUGUCCUGUGACUUCAAAGAAAACCUAACCCGCCUUUUGACCCCAGCCAGGAAAGUGAAUGACUUCUUCUAUUCUUUUUGGAAUGAAUUCCAGCUGCCAUUCAAAACCAGCACCUGGGAAUCUACCUACAUUUACAAGCAGAAUGACAACUCUGAGGAAUGUCUCUGGUACAUGAAUGCACUAGACGCUGGAAUCACACACUUCUCUGAAAAACUGAAGUUCAAGGACAUAUUGAGGACACCAGAGCAGCUGAAAAAAGUUGUGAAAGAUCCAGAUCGCAAAAGCAAUGUGAUCAUCAUGUGUGGUACUCCAGCCGACAUCAGCAGAGACCUAGGGACAGAGACCGUGGAUAAGGACAUCAUUAUAAUCCUGAUAGAUCUCUUCAAGAACACAUACUUCAGAAACAACACUUCAGCCCGUUACAUGCAGAAUGUACUUGUCCUGACUCUGCCACCAGCUAAUCACAGCUUAAGUACUGCAAAGAUGGUGGACACCAGCCUGAUGGAAGAUGACUUUGUUAUUGGCUAUUACAAUGCAGUCUUGCUCUUUGGACAUAUUCUGAAGAAAUUUAUCUUCUCUCAGAGACCUGUGUUACCUCUCAGUCUCAUCAAUGAAUUCCGAAAUAUCACAUUUGAAGGUGCACAGGGUCCUGUGACUCUAGAUACAUUUGGAGAUAUUGAUACCAAUUUGACCCUGCUGUACACAUCACAGUCUACAAAUGACCCACAGUUCAGAGUUCUUCUUUAUUUCGACACUCACAAGAAUGAGACACGUGUGGAAACUGCCAGUCCGGAUUUCAUCUGGAGGAACCACAGGCUGCCUAGUGAUAUUCCAAGCACUGGCCCACACAUGUUGACUAUUGCCGUCUUUACACUCACGGGAAUUGUGAUUCUGGUUCUGAUAAUCUCUUUGGUGAUUCUAAGGAAGUACAGGAGAGAUAAUGAGCGUCGGCGGAAGAAAUGGUCCCAUAUAUCACCUGAGAAAAUCUUGCCUCUGGAGACCAGUGAGACAAACCAUGUCAGUCUGAAGAUUGACGAAGAUAAGAAACGUGACACCACCCAGAGACUGCGCCAAGGCAAAUAUGACAAGAAGGUGGUGAUUCUGAAGGAUCUCAAAAACAGUGACGGUAAUUUCACAGAGAAGCAAAAAAUUGAACUGAACGAGCUUCUACAGAUUGAUUAUUACAACCUGACCAAGUUCUAUGGCACCGUGAAGAUAGACACCACGAUCUUUGCAGUGAUUGAGUACUGUGAAAGAGGUUCUCUGAGGGAUGUUUUAAACGAUAAAAUCUCCUACCCUGAUGGCACAUUCAUGGACUGGGAAUUUAAAAUCUCUGUCAUGUACGAUAUUGCCAAGGGGAUGUCUUACCUGCACUCAAGCAAAACAGAAGUUCAUGGUCGACUCAAAUCCACGAACUGUGUAGUGGACAAUCGCAUGGUAGUGAAGAUCACUGAUUUUGGCUGUAAUUCAAUUCUGCCUCCACGGAAAGACCUGUGGACAGCUCCUGAGCACCUCCGUCAUGCUGAUGUAUCUCAGAAGGGUGAUGUGUACAGCUAUGGGAUCAUUGCCCAAGAAAUCAUCCUACGCAGAGAGACUUUCUACAGUGGACACUGCCGAGACACCAAAGAGAAACUUUACAGAGUGGAGAGCGGCAAAGGAGUGAAGCCCUUCCGACCAGACCUUGCCUUAGAAACAGUGGGAGAAAAAGAGAUGGAAGUAUAUACACUAGUCAAGAGCUGCUGGGAAGAAGAUCCAGAGAAAAGACCUGACUUUAAGAAAAUUGAGAGUAUUCUGGCUAAAAUAUUCAGUAACUACCAUGGCCAGACCAAUGAAAGCUACAUGGAUACCCUGAUCCGGCGUCUACAGAUGUAUUCCCGGAACCUGGAGCACCUCGUGGAGGAGAGGACAGAGCUAUACAAAGCAGAGCGAGACAGAGCGGACAGGCUUAAUUUCAUGUUACUUCCAAGGCCAGUAGUAAAAUCUUUGAAGGAGACUGGUCUGGUAGAGCCAGAGCUAUUUGAAGAAGUCACUAUCUACUUCAGUGACAUUGUUGGCUUCACCACACUCUGCAAAUACAGCACCCCUAUGGAGGUGGUAGAUAUGCUGAAUGAUAUCUACAAGAACUUUGACCACAUUCUUGACCAUCAUGAUGUUUACAAGGUAGAGACCAUUGGUGACGCUUACAUGGUGGUGAGUGGUUUACCAAAGAGAAAUGGCAACCGUCAUGCAGUUGACAUCUCCAUGAUGGCUCUGGACAUCCUUAGCUUCAUGGGAUCCUUUGAGCUGCGACAUCUGCCUGGUCUGCCUGUUUGGAUUCGCAUUGGAAUUCACUCUGGUCCAUGUGCAGCUGGUGUGGUAGAUAAAAUGCCUCGUUACUGCUUGUUUGGAGAUACUGUGAAUACAGCUUCACGGAUGGAAUCCACUGGCUUGCCUUUAAGGAUACAUGUAAGUGGUUCCACAGUUGCCAUCCUGAAAAGAACAGACUGCCGAUUCCAGUAUGAAAUGAGAGGAGAAACAUACUUGAAGGGCAGAGGAACUGAGAUUACCUACUGGUUGACGGGUACCGAGGACAAGGAAUAUAAUCUCCCAACACCUCCUUCUGUGGAGAAUCAGCAGCGGUUAAAAGAUGACUUAGCUGAGAUGAUAACCAAUAUUCUUCAGAAAAGAGAAACGGAAGGGUUCAAGACACAGCCAAUCUCACGGGUAGCAAGCUACCGAACAGGUACCCUAGAAUACCUUCAACUGGCCAGCACAGAGAAUUCUAUGACAUAUAUUUAA